AUUGGAUGAAAUAAAAGUGAAACUAUCGUUGUCCAACGUAGGCAGCCAAUAAGGUUCUUCUUCUUGAUUUUUUUUGUAACGUUUGCGUACUCGUCAUCUGAAAAUUUUAAAUGUUUGUCACUUUAUGUGUACUCGAUUCGCCUGCUGUCAGCUGAAAGAAACUGAAUUCCAGUAGUGUGGGAGUGGUUGUUUACGUAUUGUUCUUGAAGCAUUAAUUUGUGUUGUAUUAAAAACAUUAAAUUAUUUGACUCCAGCCAUUGGACUCCAUAAAUACAAUUGGUUUGCCGUAGUAAAUUGCUGAGGUUACAUAUUUGAAGCACAGGUAGCUCUCACCAUGGUAUUCCAAGUGUCCCGGUUCUCCCUUUCCUUCCUGCCUCGUUGUUCCUUCUCCCUGGCGUCUACUGCCCGCGUGAAGAUGACUGUGCGGGAGGCUCUCAACAUGGCCAUGGACGAGGAACUGGAGCGCGACCCGAGGGUGUUCAUCAUGGGCGAGGAGGUGGCUCAGUACGACGGUGCCUACAAGGUGACCCGGGGCCUGUGGAAGAAGUACGGAGACGACAGGGUGAUAGACACCCCUAUUACGGAGGCGGGGUUCGCCGGCCUGUGCGUAGGGGCGGCCUUAGUGGGUCUCAGGCCUAUCUGUGAGUUUAUGACUAUGAACUUCUCGCUGCAAGCCGUGGACGUCGUCGUGAACAGUGCGGCCAAGUUCUUCUACAUGUCCGCGGGCGUGUACAACGUCCCCAUAGUGUUCAGGGGCCCAAACGGAGCCGCCAAGGGUGUCGCCGCCCAGCACUCUCAAGAUUUAACGGCGAUGUACACUCACUUCCCGGGACUCAAAGUUGUGUCUCCCUACUCCUGUGAGGACGCCAAGGGUCUACUGAAGUCGGCGAUCCGGGACCCGGAUCCUGUCGUGUUCUUGGAGAACGAAAUACUUUAUGGAGAGACAUUCGAUAUGUCGAAAGAAGCUAUGUCUAAAGAUUACUUAUUACCUAUCGGUAAAGCCAAAAUAGAGAAGGCGGGAAAGAACAUAACCAUCGUCAGUUGGUCUCGGGCCGUCGGUUUCUGCUUGGAAGCUGCCAAGAUUCUGUCUUCCCAAGGAAUCGACGCCGAGGUGAUAAACCUGCGGAGUAUUCGGCCCCUGGACAUGUCCGCCAUAUACAAGUCCGUAAUGAAAACCAAUCACCUGAUCACAGUAGAGCUCGGUUGGCCGUCAUGUGGUGUCGGGGCGGACAUCUGCGCUAGGCUCAUGGAGAGUGAAUACUUCUUCCAUCUGGACGCACCCGUCGUCAGAGUCACCGGGGUGGAUGGGCCGAUGCCGUACGCCUGGACUUUGGAGGACGCUAUGCUGCCGUCUGCCAAGGAUGUGGUGGAAGCUGCUAAAAAGGUUUUGGGGGUCAAGAAAUAAGAAGUAUAUUUUGUCAUGCGGUGAGCCUUCACGUAUGUAAGCAAUACAUUAACAUUCUGAAAAGAAUAUUUUAUUUUUUAAACCAUCAUCCAAAUUAUUGACAAUUCGUCCUAGUGCAAAUACUUUUAUUAUAAUAAGAAUUUAAAGAUUAAACUUGUUUUCUUGUUCACGAGAUUAUGUCACAUCGCAUGAUAAAGAAAGAAAUUAUUCUUUUAAUAUAUGAGUUAAUGAUUUCUUCAUCCAGUCUGUGAUAAAUGAAAUAUAAACAUAUACGGUACUCUGUUUUUUUAGAUAUGAUAAAUAUAGUGUUUAUUAUUCUAAUAAUCUUUAAUAUAUUUUAAAUAACGUAUUCUCUACUCUGAGAUGCUGAGUUGAGAAAAGUCUUGAUUAUCCUUUUAACAUACAUUCAAUGAUAAUUGAACUUGAAACAGUUCCACUAGGAAGGAAACAAGUUUCGUAUUUUUUGUGUUUACAUUUUAAUGUAUCUUAUUACUAAAACAACAGUGUCUAUGUACUGUAUUGAUGUUUUAUACAUCAGAAACACUUAUUUGUAUUUAAAACCUGUUUGUAAAAUUAAAAGUCUGUGUUAACAGUGUACUAUUAAUUUAUGUGUUUUAUGCUAUACUAAUAACGGUUUCCUUUAGUUUACAAUGACCGACAACGAUAAUGUUCUUAGAGAAAGCACAAUAGAUGAAAACUAUAAUUAUUUCUAAUUUGAGAAAUUUAUAGUUAUGAUGUAACAUUGAAAGUCUACAUACACGGCACGAGAAUGAGUACGUUUUGUGUUGAUGUAGGAGUACACUAGGGUUAACAGCAUUGGAGUACCACGCGGAGAAUAUAACGUAGGCUUUAUUAGGUCGUCAACAUUGGUAAGGUUAGACUUAUCGUCCCUAGAAUGGUUUGAGGCAAUAAAAUUAUUUAAAACAGUUACAAAAAAAUAGAUUAUAAUAUAUUUCUGGUUAUUGAACUUCAACAAACAAGCCAGUUUGAAGACCAUACUACGGAACUCCAAAUGAUGAGCGCCCAUUGAUAUACUUCGACCAAGGGCCAGUAGCCUACCUUGUUGUCUUCACCAAUCUGGUUGAAAGGUUGCUUCAAAAAAAGUGAUUGAAGAAAAUUAUUGGAUUAAUUUAUGACAAAUUUUAGUAAGGUUUUAUAAACUUUCAAGCUUGAAACUAUGUACCUAAAAGACUCGAGUUCCGAAGUAUAGAUUUUAGAAAAAAUAUGUGUAAGGGUAGGAUAUAGGUUAGCGUGGCUUUAAUGAGUGCAUGCAAGUAAAGUAUUUACCAUAUUAUCUUGUUUUACUGUUAGACAAAUAAGGACAUAAUUUUUUAACCUUUCUGAUUCUUAUAAAAUCCCGUAAAUCAGGUAUGUUAGGCUUAAGAUUAUUAAUUGGUUUUCUCAUUUAGAUUUAUACACAAUGUUUUCUAUCUUGAGGAUUAA